GCGGUAUGAAAUGGUGACAACUGUAAACUGGUAAACAAGAUUUGACAAGACCAAUUUAAAUGCAAUAAUUAUCUUGCAUCUACCAUGCUACUCUCAGCUCCAGAGAAGAGAAAAAAGACAAUUAGUACCACGCAUUCGGCUUUUGGAAAACCUUCAAGAAGUCCAAGAACACAAACCCCUUCUUCGUUGACUUAUUCUUCUUAUUCGUAUUCAGAUACCUUUGAAAAUGCAACUCAAAGUGUUAACUACUCAGAUACUUUUGAAACUGAAUCUAAAGCCGAACCAACAACAAUAAAAACAGCAAAAUUUUCCACCAUUUUAACAGAACUUGAGGGUGACUUCAAGACCACAAAAGAUCUAACCAACCAAAGACUGUCAGAAUCAUUUCCAACCUACUCGGAUACAUUUGAAUCUGAUGGGUUUGAAUCUCAUCCAAAGUCAGAUGAUGAUUCUUACCAAAGUAGAGAGAGUAAAUAUACAGAAACUGAAUCCAACUAUACUGAUACAGAUUCUAAAUAUACUUCUGAUGAAACGCAGUCAUAUGGAACAAGAACACUAGAGUCCGUUGCAGAGAGUACAACUCCCAGAUAUUCCAGUGAUGACUUUGAAGAUGAUGAGCCUUACAGUUACAGUGAAAGUUAUGAAUACUCUUCAACAUUUGAACCAGAAGAUGAAAUGUCUAGCCUUGUUACAGAUCCAGAAACGAUUCAAAGAGAGGAGGAAUUGAAGAAAAAAUCAGAAGAAGCAAAAGAAAACUACAUUUCAACUUUGAUUUCUAAUAUGAGGAAUAAACGCUUUAAAGAUACAGAUAUUACAGAACUUUCUUUAAUUGAACCAAUUGAGACAAAGCCAAAGAUUAUAGAUAAGGAAACUGAAAACUUCCAACAAAGAUUUAUGAAAAGGAAGAUGGCACUAUUAAAACAUAAAAGAAAGCAUGGUAUUAAACCAACGAGAGAACUACCAUGGCCAGGCAAAAGAGAUGUUCAUGUCACAGAAUACGGUUUAGAUCCACAAAUUGUUGAGAAACUCAAAAUAAAGAACCUCAUUACCAAAAUGGAGAAUGCCGCUAAAUAUGAGCUUCAUGAUCCCAAAAGAUGCAGAGAAUGCAGAGAAUAUGAAAAAGAACUUGAUGAGGAAGCAGCCAAAAGACAUUUCAUCAGGAUAAAGAAAUCUCAGAUCCAAAAAGAUAUAACUGAAAACCAGCUUCAGAAACAUGUAAUAAGAAUGAAUCCUAUUAAUCUAAUUGGAGAGUUAGCAAAAUCUUUGCCAAGACCCACAGCAGAUCCAGCUGAAAUUACAGAACAAAUGAACCAAGGACUUAUGUUGUCGAAAUAUUUAUGACAAAAUAUUUUUAAUGUUGAUAAUUUAUUUUUAUCGUUAAAUUUUAAUUAAAAACAAAUAUCAAACAA